AUGACGGUAAUCAACAGAUUCCGCGCUUUUCGGCGCCAAUCGGUUGAAGAGUCUGUUCCCGCUGUGACCAGUACGGCAGAGGAGACGAAGACUGACUCCGUCGUUGCUGGCGCGGUCCCAGUCAAUGAUAUUCAUCAUGAAAAGGGCUCGGAGCACAAUCCUGAGCGCCCGAGUGAAGAUGUGCAGCGGGGUGUCAAGAACAUCGAGGCCACAACGUUGACCUGGACCAAGGGCACGCUGAUCGCCGUUUUCAUCAAUAUUUGGUUCCUAUACUUCGUUAAUGCCUUCCAAUCGUCGGUCUUUUGGACCGUGGUCCCCUAUGUUACUAGCGACUUCUCCUCGCAUUCGUUGCUGAACACCAUUUACGUUGUUGGUGAUUGUAUGGCAGCUGCAACCUUCAUUCCCGUGGCCCGGGCCAUGGAUACAUUUGGUCGUGCCGAGGGCUUCUUAGCCAUGGUUAUUUUCGGAACUCUGGGACUGAUCAUGAUGGCUGCUUGCCAUAACCUCCCGACUUUCUGUGCCGCCUAUUGUUUCUACAAUAUCGGCUUCAGUGGUAUGACUUAUACCAUCGAUGUCGUAACUGCAGAUGCAUCGAAAUUGAAGAAUCGAGCAUUGGCCUUCGCCUUCACCUCUUCCCCGUACAUCAUCACCGCCUUCGCUGGCCCAAAGGUGGCCGAGGAUUACCUCGAGCUCAUUAAUUGGCGCUGGGCCUUUGGAACCUUCGCCAUCAUCUUUCCCAUCGUCGCGUUCCCCCUCUUCGCCAUUCUGAAAUGGAAUCUUCACAAGGCCAAGAAGUCUGGCUUGCUUGAGAGGGAGCCAAGCAAUCGGACUCUUCUACAGAACAUCUGGCAUUAUGCCAAUGAGCUCGAUAUCAUUGGUGUCUUCCUCUUUUCUGGCGGCCUCGUUGUGUUCCUUCUUCCAUUCUCAAUCGCAGCUGAGGCUCCUAAUAGCUGGGGUACUGACUACAUCAUUGCCAUGAUUGUCGUCGGCUUUGUCAUGCUCUUUGUUUUCGUUCUAUACGAGAAUUAUAUCGCACCUCGUCCGAUGCUCAGCUGGAAGUUGCUUUCGGACCGUACUGUUAUUGGUGCUUGCUUGCUAGAUGCAACCUAUCAGCUGUGCUACUACUGCUGGAAUGGAUACUUCACGUCCUUCCUUCAGGUGGUCAAUGAUCUUACGAUCUCACAGUCGGGCUAUGUCGCGAACACAUUCGAUGUUGUCUCAGGCGUCUUGCUUCUUGGAGUUGGUUUUAUGAUCCGCAAGACUGGUCGCUUUAAGUGGCUGCUUUACAUUGCUGUUCCUCUCUAUAUCUUCGCCCAGGGCUUGAUGAUCUACUUCCGUCGCCCCAAUCAAUCGGUUGGAUAUCUUGUAAUGUGCCAGGUCUUCAUCUCCAUUGGUGGAGCUGUGUUUAUUAUCGUCGAGCAGCUGGCUAUCCUCGCAGCCGUUGAACACGAAAACAUUGCCACCGUCCUUGCUCUCUUGAAUGUCGUCGGAACUGUUGGCGAUGCUGCCGGCUCCACCAUCUGUGGUGUUAUCUGGCAGGCCACCUUUAAAAAGGCUCUCAGACGGAAUCUUCCGGCAGAGGUCAUGGACAACUUUGACCUAAUUUAUGAAGAUAUCGAGACCCAGAUGUCUUACGUACCUGGAUCGCCCGUCAGAACUGCUAUCCAGAACUCCUACGGCUAUGCGCAGACUCGAAUGCUUGCUGCUGGUACCGCUAUCAUGGUCCUCGCUGUUCCUUGGACUAUGAUGAUUCGCAACAUUGACCUCAAGGCAGUCCAACAGGUCAAGGGUGUGGUCUUCUAA